UGUAGUCGGCCUUGCAAAUAGCCAAAUGAAGAAGACGGGAGAGCCAUUGGCGUCGGAAACAAGCCCCGCAAAGUAGUCUGAGAGCAGUGAAGAAGAACCGCAGAGGCAUUUCAUAGUGUAGCUGAUACUGAUAAGCCUGAAUGGAUUUAACCGAACAGAUUAAACAGUUGGAGGCAGACUUGCUGGAGCUGGGGUCCCUCUUGGAGAAGGCAGAGAGGAAACGAGUUCAGGAUCUGCUUAAACAGGAGCAGAAAAAGGUGGAGAAGGAGCUCGCAGCUAAACGACAACAAAAAGAACAACAGGCCAGGAAAGAGGCAGACCCGUCUGCAGCCACUAAGGCAGCAUACACCGUCAAGAUAACCAGCUAUGCAUGGGACCAGUCAGACAAGUUUGUCAAAAUUUAUCUGGCAUUGAAAGAUGUGCACAAAAUAUCAGCAGAUAAUGUGGAGGUCAAAUUUACAGAACGGUCAUUUUCUGUGCUGGUGAAGGAUCUAGAUGGCAAAAACCACGAAAUGACAGUUCUGAACUUGUUGUAUCCAAUCAAUGAACAGGACAGCUACAAAAAGAUAAAAACAGACAUGGUCUUGGUCAUGUGCAAGAAGCAGUCAACAAAGAAGUGGGACUGUCUAACGGCGGUGGAAAAGCAGUCUAAAGAGAAGGAAAAACCCAGCUUUGACGAGAAUGCUGACCCUGGCGAGGGCCUGAUGAAUGUGUUGAAAAAGAUUUAUGCAGAGGGAGAUGACGAGAUGAAGAGAACAAUCAACAAAGCUUGGACAGAGUCCCAAGAGAAGAAAUUAAGAGGAGAGGAGAUGAUGGACUAUUAAAUGUUGCCACUUUUCCACAGCAGGACCAAAUGAGAGCUCCAAAGGUUGAAGCAGGCAUGACUUAAUUAUUGAAAGUAAAGUCUACAUACACCACUCAUAAAUAAUUUGUCUAAAGUAAUGUCUAAGCUCGGGAUGGCCUCAAUUUGGCCCUGCUUUGAAAACCAGGCUGCUGGUGUUCUUAGUGAUGGGCUACAAUUAAUCUAUCACACAAAAAAGGAUGGAGUCCAUCACGUGAUGACCCGAAGACUGCAAGAACUCACACAUUUCAUCAUAGCUGACGUUAAGAGUCCAACCUGUGGGUAGAAAGCAGGGAAAAUGUUGUCUGCUUCCCCGCUUACAUACAUUCCCCUUGUUUUGUGAAGUCGCACUUAAAGAGUUAAAUGACCACUGCUCAGUCAUUUCACAGCUCUUGUUUUUGUUUUCCUGGCUUGUUUCAAUAAAAUGUCUUGUUGUGGUUUAAAUUGGACCAGGGUAAAUUUAAUUGUUCAUUUUCAAUGGUAGUUGAAAAUCACUACAGCUAAACUUGGCAAAUAUAUUUUUAUUUUGUCAGCUGUGAAUUUGCCAAAGUUCUCUUACUUCUAGUUACGAAGUAAACCAGAGGAUAGUUUUCUUUCCUUUUUUAAUCUUUACAUCAGCUGUAUGAUUUUGUAAAUCCACAAAUAAGUCACGUAGCAUACAAAGACAGUAAACUAUCUUUUGUGUCAGUCUAGUGUAAUACUUCACGUUACUGCAUGCAGGUAUGUUUGAAACUGUACAUUUUCCACAAUCCUGUUUUAAAGUUACAUGUUCUAAAAUACUUGAUGUAACUGAUUUCUGCAGAAUUUGUUUUCCACGAUAUUGUGAAAAAUGUGCGUUUUCACUUUUGCUGGUUGUUCUCUGCUCUCAUAAAUACAGCUGUUGAACUCAGA